AUGUAUUUAUCUAAAUGUACUGGAUGUAACCUUUCAGAAAUUAAUACCCUUAAUAAUAAUUAUUCUAAUACUUGUUACAUCACAUCACUCUCAAAUUCAACUAUUAUAGUCAAUAUUUCGAAAAGUAAUUUAACCUACCCAAAUUAUAAUAAAUCCAUUUACAAAUGUAAUCAACAAUUCACUACUAUUAAACAAAAAGUACUUAUAGAUUUUAACAUGAGAAAUACACGUCCUUCAAAUACUUCUUCUAUAUUAGAAGAUCCUAUACUAUACCAUUCACAAUUAGAACAACAUAUUGAUUUACAGAAUAUUCACCUUCUAAAUCAAAAUCUUAUUUUACAACUUAUUACUCCUAAUUCUCUUCAUAUACCUUUAUUAAAAAUUACUUCAUCACUUUCUUCUUACACUAAUCUUGAAUUUUAUACAGAUGGAUCGCUCAAUAGAGACAAUGACAUUCCAAUCAUGGGUUACAAUUGGAUAUUUUCCUCAAAUUUCACAGACAAUAUUAAACAUUCAGGUUCAUGUAAAGAAUGGCCAAGCUCAUUAAAAGCAGAAUUAGUAGCUAUAUUAACAUCGUUAAUAGUCUGUCCUCCUGAUAGCAACGUACAUAUCUAUACCGAUUCGGCUAGUUGUAUCGCCACUUUCAAUAUGCUAUAUCCUCCAAAACUCACAGCUAGACAUUUUCAAAAACUGAACAACUGUGCCUUAUGGAAUACAUUGAAGCACAUUAUUAAUGUAUUGAAACUGAAAAUUUCGUUAUUUAAAGUUAAAGCGAAUUCGGGACACCCGUUAAAUGAUGCUGCCGAUCUCCUCGCCAAAGAAGGAUUGUUAUCAAAAGACUUUUUACAAAUCAACAUAAGACACAUCACUACUCAAGCAUGUCACCUCACUUUCAACGAUUCAAUUAUUAUCGACCGAAAUAUACGUAAAUCAGUUAAACGUAUUAUUAACUUCCAAUAUUUCGAACAACAUCUAUCUCACCAAAACCUUCAUAAAAUUAAAGACUAUUCCCUAGAAAAUAUUAUUGAUUGGGAAUUUUCACAACUUUGGUUCAAAUACAACCCGUUUACGAAACCCACCAGUAAGAAAUAUUUUAAACAUGUAAGCUGGAGAAUUAAAUGCUCCAGCAAUAAUUUACCGACAUUAGACAUUCUUAAUUGCAAUUACCCAGAAUUACUUAAAGAUAAUGAUAUAUACUUCUUAUGCAAUUCUCAUAUUGAAUCUAACGAACACCUAUAG